GAAUGCGAGCGCCUGGAGCCGGGGCGCAGGCGCAGAGGAGGGCGGCGUUGAGGCCGGCGGAGCGGCGGCAUCCCCUAGGUGGCGGAGGGAAGCUCGGGGGAAGCGAGGGGCGCCCAGAGCUCUGGCCCACGUGACCUGCCGGGGGCGGGAGCAGGGGGCUGCCUGGGGGAGGGGCGUGACCACCCGCCUGUCGCCCGAGGCGGCCGCCGCUGCAGCCUCGCAGCGCACCAGGAAUCCGGCCCGCCGGAGAAAUGUUGCUGAAAUGCUGCUGAAAGGGCCAGAGAUGCAAGAAUUUGGGACACAUUUUGAACCUUUAAAGCUGUCUGACAUUGACCGCCUUUCAUUAUUAAUAAAGAAGAAACAGGAACUUAGGAUGUAUUAACACCAACUCAUUAAUAUACUAACCGGACAGUGUUCUGCAAACAAUUCUGCAUUGUAAAUGACUGGAUUGGCACAAAAUAAAAUUAUUUCAUUCAGCUUAUAAUAUGCCUCAAUGGAGGAAAAUUUGAUAAGCAUGAGGGAAGACCAUUCUUUUCAUGUUCGUUACAGAAUGGAAGCGUCUUGCCUAGAGCUGGCCUUGGAAGGGGAACGUCUAUGUAAAUCAGGAGACUGCCGAGCUGGCGUGUCAUUCUUUGAAGCUGCAGUUCAAGUUGGAACUGAAGACCUAAAAACACUUAGUGCUAUUUACAGCCAGCUGGGCAAUGCUUAUUUCUAUUUGCAUGAUUAUGCCAAAGCAUUAGAAUAUCACCAUCAUGAUUUAACUCUUGCAAGGACUAUUGGAGACCAGUUGGGGGAAGCCAAAGCUAGUGGUAAUCUGGGAAACACGUUAAAAGUUCUUGGGAAUUUUGAUGAAGCCAUAGUUUGUUGUCAGCGACACCUAGAUAUUUCCAGAGAGCUUAAUGACAAGGUGGGAGAAGCAAGAGCACUUUACAAUCUUGGAAAUGUGUAUCAUGCCAAAGGGAAAAGCUUUGGUUGCCCUGGUCCCCAGGACGUAGGAGAAUUUCCAGAAGAAGUGAGAAAUGCUCUUCAGGCAGCCUUGGAUUUUUAUGAGGAAAACCUAUCACUAGUGACUGCUUUGGGUGACCGAGCAGCACAAGGACGUGCCUUUGGAAAUCUUGGAAACACACAUUACCUCCUUGGCAACUUCAGGGAUGCAGUUAUAGCCCAUGAGCAGCGUCUGCUUAUUGCAAAAGAAUUUGGAGAUAAAGCAGCUGAAAGAAGAGCAUAUAGCAACCUUGGAAAUGCAUAUAUAUUUCUUGGUGAAUUUGAAACUGCCUCUGAAUACUACAAGAAGACACUACUGUUGGCUCGACAGCUUAAAGACCGAGCUGUAGAAGCACAGUCUUGUUACAGUCUUGGAAAUACAUAUACUUUACUUCAAGACUAUGAAAAGGCCAUUGAUUAUCAUCUGAAGCACUUAGCAAUUGCUCAGGAGCUGAAUGAUAGAAUUGGCGAAGGAAGAGCAUGUUGGAGCUUAGGAAAUGCAUACACAGCACUAGGAAAUCAUGACCAAGCAAUGCAUUUUGCUGAAAAGCACUUGGAAAUUUCAAGAGAGGUUGGGGAUAAAAGUGGUGAACUAACAGCACGACUGAAUCUCUCAGAUCUUCAAAUGGUUCUUGGUCUGAGCUACAGCACAAAUAACUCCAUAAUGUCUGAAAAUAAUGAAAUUGAUAGCAGUUUAAACGGUGUACGCCCCAAGUUGGGACGCCGGCAUAGUAUGGAAAAUAUGGAACUUAUGAAGUUAACACCGGAAAAGGUACAGAACUGGAACAGUGAAAUUCUUGCUAAGCAAAAACCUCUUAUUGCCAAACCUUCUGCAAAGCUACUCUUUGUCAACAGACUGAAGGGGAAAAAAUACAAAACUAAUUCCUCCACUAAAGUUCUCCAAGAUGCCAGUAAUUCUAUUGACCAUCGAAUUCCAAAUUCUCAGAGGAAAAUCAGUGCAGAUACUAUUGGCGAUGAAGGGUUCUUUGACUUAUUAAGCCGAUUUCAAAGCAAUAGGAUGGAUGAUCAGAGAUGCUGUUUACAAGAAAAGAACUGCCAUCCAGCUUCAACAGCAACUUCUACUCCCCUCAAAAUGAUGCUAAAAACACCAUCUGUUCCUGUGGUAUCCCCCAACACGGAUGAGUUUUUGGACCUUCUUGCCAGCUCACAGAGCCGCCGUCUGGAUGACCAGAGGGCCAGUUUCAAUAAUUUGCCAGGGCUUCGUCUAACACAAAACAACAGCCAGUCAGUACUUAGCCACCUGAUGACUAAUGACAACAAAGAUGCUGAUGAAGAUUUCUUUGACAUCCUUGUAAAAUGUCAAGGAUCCAGGUUAGAUGAUCAAAGAUGUACUCCGCCACCUGCUACCACAAAGGGUCCGACAGUACCAGAUGACGACUUUUUCAGCCUUAUUUUACGAUCUCAGGCAAAAAGAAUGGAUGAACAGAGAGUUCUUUUACAAAGAGAUCAAAACAGAGACACUGACUUUGGGCUAAAGGACUUUUUGCAAAGUAAUGCUUUGUUGGAGUUUAAAAAUUCAGGGAAAAAAUCAGCAGACCACUAGUUACUAUGGAUAUAUUUUUUUCCUUUCAGAAUACGGUAAGGAAACAAUCUAUUACUUUUUUCCUUAAAAGAAGAAUUUAUAGCACUGUAAUACAGCUUAAAAUAUUUUUAGAAUAAUGUAAAUAGUUAACCUUCAGUAGUCUAUUAUUAAGGCUUUAAUACUUCUCUGGACACUCACGUGUUUCAAGGUGGAGGUGUCCUGUAAGGUGCUUCAUCAUCUGUGAUUACUACUUGGGAUGUGUUCUUUGGCAGCUUGUUAGAUUACUUUACCUAGUGUUUGUAAAGUAGGUUAAAUGAAUCAUAGAUUAGAAUUUAAUCCUCUUAUGGAAGUUAAGUUUUUAAAAUCUUAAUUGACAAUGGCAUUUUUUUAUACAUAACCAUGGAUGUAGUGGGAAACAAUGCUGUUUAGUAAAAAUAAUGUACUUCACCAAUGUAAAAAAGUAUAUAAAACAGUCUUAUUAAAGAGCUAGGUUUUUUUUUUCUCCA